CAUGCGCAGAUCACCCUUUACCAGAGGACGAAAUUGAAACUUAGCAUUGAUACUUAGUGGAAGUUUUGGCACAAAAUUCCUCAGUGAAGCUGCGAUUCUUAGUUGUAACUGAGGACCAAAGAGCGGAUUCGUGCUUCCAGAAGUGAUCCGUUGCAGCAGAAGGAUUAUGAUCUCUGGUGGAGUAACAACAGAGUGAAUCAGCACACGCACACACACGCUGUCACUCAGUGAGGACGUCAUGUGGUGGUUCCAGCAGGGCAUGUGCUUCCUGCCGGCCGCUCUGGUCGUCUGGACGGUGGCGUCCUUCGUCUUCUCUUACAUCACAGCGGUCAUGCUGAGACACGUGGACCCUCUGCUGCCGUACAUUAGUGACACAGGAACAACUGCCCCAGAAAGAUGUGUGUUUGGCAUCAUGUUGGAUGUGUCUGCCUUUUUAGGUAUUGCGACGGUGUACGUUCGUUACAAACAGGUAACGCUUCUCAACACUGAAGAAAAUUCAACACUUCACAGACUGAACUAUGUGGGGCUGGUGUUCGGUUACAUCAGCUCAUUUGGAAUGUGUGUAGUUGCCAACUUUCAGAAGACCACCCUGUUCUCAGUGCACCUGGUGGGGGCGAUAAUGACCUUCGGGGUCGGGGCUCUCUACGUCCUGGUUCAGACAAUACUCUCGCACAAGAUGCAGCCUCACAUCCACAGCAAGGCCAUCUACCAGGCGCGCCUGGGUAUCGGAGCCUGGACCCUGUGCAGCAUCAUCAGCAUGUUUGUAUCAUCAGUCACCAUGUACGUCAGCCUGCGGGGAGUGGAUGUGCCUCACAAACUUCACUGGAUUCCUGGAGAGACAGGAUACACGGCUCAUCUCAUCAGCACCAUCUCUGAGUGGUCUCUGGCCUUCUCCUUCAUCUGCUUCUUUCUCACCUACAUCAGAGAUUUUCAGAAAAUCACUUUGCGAGCGGAGGCCAACAUGCAGAGCACGCACCUGUAUCACCCACACGAGAUCUCAGAGAGAACUGCACUCCUGGCAGGAGGAACGUGACCAGCAGCACAAUCACAAAAACUGCCUUUCCACAGAUUUUUAUUUUUUAUAUUACAGGUUUAUGAAGGUUUCCUGAAAAUGGUAGUGGUUUGAGGGAAAUUUAGCUUGAGCUGCCUAAAAAACUUUUAUCCCUAAUUUUUUAUAUCUCGUUUACUGGGCUGCAGAACGUACAAAACCAAAGUUUGACUGAACAGAUGCCAUAAAAGGGAAAAGAGGUUUACAGUGUUUCAAACCAUCCUUUCAUCUUAAAGUGUGUUCACUUUAAUCUUAACUUGGAUAUUUACUUACAAAUAAAAUUAUCACUACUGGAUGCAGAUCAUUCUUAUAUUAGAAAUAUUUUUUUAAAUUGACUGCAGGUGGAUAAUGCUUAAAAUUAUUGUGGGCUUUACACUGGUAUGUAACUUUGUAUUAAAUAACAAACAUUUAACUGUCACUGAUUAUUUUUUGUUUUUAUUUCACCUGUAAUAAAAUACACACAGCUCCCUUUUGUUUGGAGCGAAGAGCAUGCAAUAUUCUUAAAACCUGACAAUUGCUGUAACUGACUGUACCGGCUUCUGUAAGCAUUCAUACUGUGUAUUACUAAUCAGAUCUACAGUAACCGUUCGCUGUGUCAUUGAAUUCAGAAACAAAAAUGUCAUCAAAUGACCUUAAGAUUUUACUCCAGCUUAAAGUCUGGGUACUCGCUUAAAUUUCGGAGCUUCUAGAUGAAGUAAAAUGUCAAUAUUUAUUAAAAAGAUAAAAUUAUUGAUAUUCAAGCUGAAUAAUAGGAAUUUGUUGCUUGGAUUUAGAGUUCUUGUCCUUUCAGACUUUUUCUGAGCCAAGUUCAUCCUAUAAGCACUGUCAGUGUACCUAAUGAAUACCUGCUUAAACUAUGUAUUUUACCUGUCCAGCACCAGCUUUAAUAAAACCUUUUUGAAAUGUUA